GGAGAAGAGACAACAGAAACUGGAGAAACUGAGAGCCGUUUAGCUCGCCUCACUACGCCUUGUUGGUGUACACACAGUGGUGUACAAAACUUUUAAAACUAACAGUUGUCCAGAUCGAGAAGGGAUAAACUGUCGAAAUGGAUCCAUUUACUGAGCUGUUUUUUAUCCAACCAGAAACUGUUGGAGCGGACUCGGGCUCGUAGAGAAAACCUGCAGAAGAAAAUGGCAGAUAGACCAAAUGCAGCAAACAGACCGAUGGUCAAAAGGGCCAGAGAGCCACUGGCUGACACCAAUACUAUGAUCAGUGAGCCAGUCAUUGAUAAAGUUCCACAGGUGUCCUCCAAGCCUUCUCCUUCCAAGCGCAAGUGCUCAGGGGAAAAUGUUCAGCCUACAGCUGGCGAGGAGAACCAGGAGCCGAUGAUUACACGGCCUGUGGCCCCCAUGCUCUCAGAUCCUCUGACAGACAAGAAACCCCCGAUGGGCCCUGCCAGUGUCCGACAUUCCUCCUCCUUUGAGAAGACUGCUACCCGGCCGGCUGUCCAGUCUCAACCCGGGCAGCUGAAAACUGCACAAACAGAGAAGAUGGCUGUCACCCCUGCUCCUGAUCCUCCAAACAGCAGCGAAGCAGAAAUGGUGACUGCCAGCGCGGACCUGCAGGAAGAUCCAGCUCCAUCUGCUGCUGGCAUGAAGUCUCGUCUGCAGAGGCUAGCAGCGCAGAGAAAGUAUUGGGAUGAGAGUGGCACCUCUGACGCAGUACCAGAGUUAGACCACACUCCCAUGUCCCUGUUGAAGAAACAUGCUGAGGUCCCACCAGCCACCGUCCCCACCGCGUCCUCAGAAACUCCACUGGGGAGGAGAGGCAGACUGGCCAACCUCGCUGCCACCAUUGGAUCCUGGGAAGAUGAUCUAAGCCAUGCUAACAUUCCCCAUGAGGAUGCAAAGGGGAAGUCUGGUUUAGCUGUUCCCAAGUUAGCAGUCAGAGAUACGACAGUGGCUGCCAGCACUAAACCAAGUGCUGCAGGCCACGUGGCCAGUUCAACGGCAAGCAGCAAGAACACAUCCAGCUCUAAUCAGCAGGCUGCGUAUUGUCCAGUGAAGCCUAGCCGAGUGGAUCUCCCAAGCCCUCAGAAGGCUGACAUUCCUGCAACCAGGCUAGCACUAAAGCCAGUAACCAGUCCUCUGAAGAGUUCCAACCAGGGGAUGACCUUGCCCUCUAGCCCCCAGAAGACGGGCCCCCCCUCCUCAACAUCAGUGCCUCCUCAGAGUCCCCUGAAGAAUCGGGGCCUCUCCCAUGACCUCAACCCCACCUCCAGCCCACAGAAGCCUGAUCUACGUGCCAAACCCACCACUGCUGACCCCUCUAUCCACCAGGAAAAGGCUCCUGCUGGAACACCUGGUGUAAAAUCUUUCCUUGAGCGCUUUGGAGAGAGGUGCCAGGAGCGUACCAACCAGAGCUCCCCAGCAGGGGGCGCCACCCAUGCCAAGACGCCCACUGUAACUCCUUUACCAGUCACACCUAACACCAGGCUGGUACAGGAGAGGUUCAGAGCUGCUCAGGCUGCAAACACAACCACUGCUGAUCUCACCCAAAGACAGAAGCUGGAGCGAGAGUCUGAGCUGGCUCAGAUUCGCAAUCGCUUUCAGAAGGGGAACAAUAUGUGGAAAAACAGAGAUGAAGUGGCAGAAACCAAUAAAAACACAGACAUCAAGGAACAGCUUUGCAAGCCUGUGGAGGCUGAUGUUGCCCCAUGUGAACAACAGGACAAACCCACAACCCCCUCCACUGAGACUGCAGAUACACCUGCGAAAUGCACGCCUCCAGGUCGUGGAUUGAUGGUCUCGCCUCCAGCCUCCACAUCUAGUCCUCUGAGCGUGGUCGCCCAUACUAUAGAGAAAACUACUGAGGAAACCCCAGAAGACAAGGAGGUGGUCAAGGAGAUAGAGAUGAAUGUGGACCAGUCCAUCAACUCUGCAGUGAUCAGCGAGCUGUUUGAUGGUGUCCUGGAGCAGAGUGAAGAGGAGAGUGAUGACGAUGAGGAAGAUGCUCUGAAUAUCUCCUCCAUGUCCCUCCUCGCUCCGCUAGCAGAGACUGUGGCAGCUGUAGUGAAGAGUCCAGAAAGGAGAAUGAUGACGUCAACUCCAGCCUGCUCAUUCAUCAGAAAGGACAACACUCCAGACAGCGUUUCCAAACCUAGCAAGUUCCAGAGUCCUGACAUAACACAGACUGCCUCCCAAGACGGUGUUAAGGCCUCAAAUGAUGACCACAGGUUACCAUAUAGCGUUGAUGCAUAUAGGUCCACCAGGGUGAAAGAGACUGAGAGACCCAAUGUGAAACAGGUGAUUGUGAGAAAAGAGGAUGUUUCUCGCAGACCGGAGGAACCCAGAGCGUCUAGUCUCUUCACUGUCAAACAGAAAAUGAAGUUUCUGACGAACGAGAUGAACCUGCAACAGACAGUCAUUCAUCAGGCCAGUCAGGCUCUGAACUGCUGCACAGAUGAAGAGCACGGCAAAGGAUCCCAGGUGGAAGCUGAGGCACAGAGGCUGCUGUUGGUGGCAACGGAGAGGAGGGAAGCAUUGAAGGCAGAGCUGGAUCGUCUGAAAGGAGACCCGACAGGCCAGAAAAAGGCCCCUGCAGCCCCAGAACCUACUAGCAUGUCUGCCUCCAAGGGCUCCAUCACCCUGCAGGAGUUACGCCUGCCUCUCAAGGCAGACUUUGUUUGCUCCACUGCCAACAAGCCAGAGGCAACCAAAUAUUCCUUCUUUAUCAUGAUUCGUGCUGGAGCGGAGAACACUGUGGCCACACCAUUAGCCAGCACACACCGCGGCCUCAGUGGGGACACCCUCGCCUUCCCUACCAAGUUCACCAUCUCUGAUGUCUCCAGUAACUUUGAAAUUGACAUUGAGGUCUAUGGCCUGGUGCAGAAACGUGAGGUCUGCAGCGACAAGAAGAAGAAACCCAGCAAGUCAAAGGCGAUCACUCCAAAGAGGUUCCUCGCCAUCACUAAAAGUGUUCAGACACCAGUUGUGGCCAGUCCAGGCGGCCCCAAUGCUGUUCGCACCAGUAAUUUCAUCCUGGUUGGAUCACACAAGCUCACCCUGUCCUCUAUUGGGAAAACCAAAUUUCCUUUGGAGAAGAUCAAAUAUGAAGGAGAACUACUCAGUGGCAUGUUUCAUACCAAGGUACCGUUCUUGUGCCCCUUGGAGGGCAACAUCUACCUCAAGAUGCAGUGUGAAGUUGGCUCAAAGGUGGAGGAGAAAGGCUUUCUGACGAUGUUUGAAGAUGUUAGUGGAUUUGGAGCCUGGCACAGGAGGUGGUGUGUCUUGUCAGGAUACUGCAUCUCCUACUGGACUUACCCAGAUGAUGAGAAACGCAAGAAUCCCAUUGGUCGCAUCAACCUGGCUAACUGCACCAGCAACAAGGUGGAACCAGCCAACAGAGAGUUCUGUGCCAGACCCAACACAUUUGAGCUCAUCACAGUCAGACCACAAAGAGAGGAUGACAAAGAGACACUAGUCAGCCAGUGUCAGAAUACCAUGUGUGUCACCAAAAACUGGCUGAGUGCAGACACUAAGGAUGAGAGGAAUCUGUGGAUGAAGAAACUGAACCAGAUUCUGGUGGAUCUGCGUAUGUGGCAACCAGACGCCUGUUACAGGCCGCUGUAAUUACUGCACUAUGUCACAACCAGCCCUUCCAUCAUUUGGACUGUCAAUAUCAGUGACACAUGCAAUUACUAAGUGCAAUACAAUAUAAGAAUUGUUAAAUAUUUCCACUUGUGGAUGUUUUAGAGGACAUGAGUAAGCAAACACACAAGUUGUAGAUCAGAGGAAAGUAAGUAAAGCCAUACAUUUGAAACAUUUCAGUACAGUAUUUUGUGUAGGAGUUGGGGUUUGGCACUGCAUUUUAUACAUUUCCAGAAUGGUUUGAUCCUGUAUUUUUGGGGUAUUGUUGAGCUGUUGUAUUAUUAUGCCAAUGCAAAUAUUUAGCGUCACAUAUAAGGCAUGGCUUUAAAUUAUUUGGUUUCAGUGCUGAAAUCAGUGUGUAAAUGGUGUUAAAAUUACAAAGGAUUUUGACACACCAAAGUUUUAUCACAUUUUAUCCUGCAUGACAGCACAGAACUAUACUGAUUGAUACCUUUUUACUCUAUAUGUUAACCUUUAUAACUUGUGGCAUGACUUUCACAUGGUUUUUCUUUAUUGCCAUGCUCAGAUUUUUGAUACCGGUUAUACCCCAGUUGUUUAUCUAUUUGUAAUGUUUGUUGUAAUUGUUUAGGUGUGGAAGUUGACGCAGUGUAACUCGGGGUAAGGUCUGUUACACUUUACAGGCAUUGAUAUUUGAGAGUUAAAAAAUCCACAACAUAUUGGCUAAUAUGAUUUUUUUUAAUGUAAAUGCAAAACAAACCUUUUUGUUAAGAGUCCCAUUUUCAUUAUUAGACUUCUAGCCUACUUAUGUACACGUCAGAACAUAUACAGUGCCAAAUAAAGCUGUCUGUGCUGU